UCCACUUCCAAUCGUAGCUCGACUGACACUGUUCAAUCAUAGUCAUUAAUGAGUAAUGAGUAAACUACAAAAACAAAAUACAAAUGUAUAAAAUUUGUACAUUUACAGUAAUAGUAAUUCAUGUCUUAUAAAUUAAUAAAACAUCGAACUUCCUAUUGUGAUUAAAAUAAUAAUUUUUAUUGAACAUUGAUGAAUGAUGAUUAAUCAACACUCACUACUUUAACAAUUCAAUCAACAUAUUUCUUGAAACAAUUUAUAACAAAUGGAACAGGAAAAUGAAGCCAAUCAUCUUAGCAAAGACACACAAAAAAAGAAUAUAUUAGUUUUAAAUAACUAUAAUCACAAUCAGGUAACUUUAAAAUCAAUUGAUAAUCAAGAAAUGCAAUUAAAUAUGACCAACAGUGAUUUGAAAAUUGAUCCUUCUACAUCUUCUUAUGAACAUGUUAAUUCAAAAUCAAACAAUACAUCUAACUCUGAUAUUGAUAAUAUUAACCAGUUAAGAGAAGAUUUUAUGGUUGAAUCGAGUCCAUCAAAAGUUAUAAAAUGUGAUAAUUCAUCAGAAAUUAAUUUUGGUGUGGAAUCUGAAAAAAAAUCUAUUACAAACAAGAUAACCAAUUUAGAGAAUAAUCAUGAACUUCUCAAAAAUAAAAGUCCAAUUCAAUUUACAAAAUUUAAACAUACUAACUUUGACAUUCUAAAAUCAACUGAACAUGCUAUUAAGUAUAAAAAGUCAAUUGAAACAAAUUUUCAUUGCCUUAUUUGUGAUACUAAAAUAAAAUCAUUAAAAGAUUGGGAGUCACAUGUUAUAAGUACAUUUCAUAUAGAAGAAUGUUUGAACAAACAUAAUUAUGUUUCAUACGAUUGUGGUGGUUGUAAAAUAUUUUUUUUUGGAAGUAAGGCACAGAUUUUAAAACAUUGUAAAGACAUUCAUAAUGAUAUAUCUGGACUACCAUGUGUUUUUAGAUGUAUGAAAGAAGUAUUUUAUCAUUGUAUAUUUGUAAGUCCAAAUAAUUGGAAAUCUUGGUCGUUUUGUGGUCCUUGUAAAAGUUAUUCAUUUUUAAAACUCAAAUGUUAUUCUAGUAACCACAUUUAUAAAAAAACCAUUCAUUUUAAAUGCAAUUCAUGUUUAAUAGAUUUUGUAUGUAGUCAAGAAGUUUAUAAUAAACAUUUAAUGUCAUGCGAACACAUUAUGUUGGAAUAUUUACAAUCCAAAAAAGUUGGUGAAAAUCUGGAAAAUCAAACUAUAUGUUAUUUAAAACUGCCUCCAAUAAUUUUAAAUAAAUUUUCUAUUGAUAAUAUAAAAUCUACUUGUAAUGAUUGUAAGUUUCAAAUGCACUCAAAUGAAGAAGCAAUAACUUUUCAUCUAACUGAAUGUAUCAACAAAUCUGAUAUAGGUGAAAAAAAUAGAUUAAACAUCAAAACUUAUUUUUGUGAAGUCUGCAAUAUAACUAUGCCUGAUUAUACUCAAUGGAAGUUUCAUUUAAUAUUAUCAAGCCAUUUAAUAAAGUGUUAUGAUAUUAAAGAUUUAGUUUCUUAUACAUGUGAACUUUGCUCACUACAUUGUUAUGGAGGUGUACAUCAUGUAACAGAUCAUCAAAAUAUUCAUCCAAACAAUUCUGAAAAAAAUCUUUCCAGAUUUAUGGCUUUUAACUUCCAGCGUAUUAACAACGAUUUAAAAACAAAAGAUUUUUAUUAUUGUGAAGAAUGUGAAAUAUAUGCUGAAGUCAAUUCUAAUUCAGAUCAUUGGAAUAAAAGUCAUAAAACUAAAUUGAAACGUAUAGUCUGUCAACCUUGCCGUACAGAAUUCUUUUGUAUUGAAGAUAAUGUGUUAUUCAAUAAACAUAUUUUAUCAAGUGAACACAUUAUUUUAAAAUCUGUGGCCUUUAAAAAGCUAUUGCCAGAACUAAAAACACAACCAUUAAUCAAUCAAAAUCUAAAACCUUAUGUUUCAAAAAAUACAUUAGAUAAAAAUAAAGUUCUAUUCAAUGUUAAACCAUAUUUACAAUUUUUUCAAAAUGUAAAAAAUGAAAAUAACACUAUGUGUAAAUCAUGUGAUAAUCUAAUCAAUUUAAAUCACAAUGAUCUCCUUAGUCACUUGUUAGUUUGUAAUCAUGGAUUAGUAGAAAGUAUCCCUCGAUCAAAUUUUAAUUAUUUUCAGUGUUUAGAGUGUGCAUUUUGUUCCAAUAACAAGGAUACUUGGAUAAAACAUGCAACUACUACACAUGCAAAAUUUGAUACUAAUAUUUGUUAUUCUUAUAUUUGUAAAAGUUGUAACUCUUUAGUGUAUGGAAAAAUUAAUGAUAUUGAAUUACAUUUAAUUACUGAACACAAAACAACUUUUAUAAACAUGCCAUUAGAAUCAGUGUUAAUGGCAAAACAAUUGAUGAAGAAAAAUAAUAAUGUUAGUAAAUCGUCUGAUAUAAUGUGUUUUUGUGAGCCAUGUAAUAUGAUAAUUAAGUUAAGUGAAAGUCCUUAUCAUUUUAUAGCAGAUAGUCAUGCAUCAGCAGCAUCAUCAGACAUAGAAUUAUUUUACUGUAAAGAUUGUAAAGUUGAAUUCUACUCUUCAAUUACAGUUUAUGAAUGUCAUAAGUUAACCGCAGAACAUAUAAUUAUGAGCUCAGACUAUAGAAAAACUGAAGUUAAAGUUCUUCUUAACCCUUCAAAACUUGAUACUCAUUUAUUUACUUUUGUUACUGAUCAACAUUUGUACCAUUCAACUUUAAACAUUGGGUUUUUCUGUUUUCUUUGUGAUUAUUUGUGUUUAAAAUUAGAUGUAUGGAAAAUUCAUAUUAAUAGUAAAAAGCAUCUCAAAAUUUCCAAAGAUCUUUGCAUAGACCACCGUUGUAAAGUUUGUAAAACACUUAUGUUUGGAACACGGCAUCACAUGUUUGAACAUUAUAGCAAUCGUUUUCAUUCAAUGUUGAGACAAUUUAAAUCUACUGAGGUUUUAAAACAAAAAUAUGAAACAAAACAGACAAGCAAUAUGGGAACAACUUUUGAGAAUAAUCCAACUGCAGUAGUUAAUGAGAAACCAGGAGAAUGUAGUACCACAGUUAAUUUAUUAACAGAAAUGAUGACUAAAUUAUCUUAUCAAUCAAAUAUUCAUAAAGAAAGUACUUUAUCAGAAGAGUCAACUACAAAUAAUACACAUCCAAUGACAGUAAAUGAAUUACCUCUCGAAUUAAAUUUUCAUCAAGAUAGUAGUGUACUAGAUGAGCCUAUUACAAAAAUUAAUGAAACUCAAUUAAUGAGAAAAACCAUGGAUGAAUUUCCUACAGAAUCAAAUACUCAAAAUUAUAGUACUUUUUAUAGAUUGAAAAUUAAUAUGUUAAAUGAAUAUCUUAAACAAAAUAAAGAGAUAACAUCACAAAUGUGUUAUUAUUGUGUAUCUUGUGAUUUUAUCACUACAGUACCAAAUAAUUGGGAUAAACAUAAUUUAACCGAUCAUUCAAAUGAGGCUGAAUUGCGCCAUAAGGUGUAUUGUGAUGUUUGCAAUUUAUAUCAAUUUGGGUUGUCUCAUCAUUUAGAUGAACAUUUUAAAACUAUUGAACAUAAAAAUAUGUUAGAUUUUAAAAAAUUAUACAACUCAAAUUAUUCGAAAAAAAAUAAUAAUAAAAUUAAAAAAAAGAAUGACCAAAAUAGUAAUUUGACUUCUGGCAAUCCUUCAGAUGUUACUCAAAUUUCAAAAAUAGACAAGCAACAAACAGAUGGUAGUAAAAUUGAUCAAAAAGAAGGAAAUAAUCGUCCAAUCAUGAUUGAAGUUAAAGGUAUAAAACCACAGUAUAAAAAAAAUAGCUGUGUUGAAAUUAAGAAAAUAUUUUCUCAUUAUGGGCUUUUUGGAAUUAUUACUAAACAUAGCUCUGUUAUAAUCAUAUUUCGUAAAUUAGCUGCUAUGAACAAGAUGUUAAAUGAUAAAGAAAUAUUAGAAAAAAAAUAUGAAUUUACUAUUAAUAUUUUAAUUGAAGAUGACAAAUUUCCUGAGUUACAUAAAACAACAAUAUCUGAGUUUGGAAAUAAGACAAUGCUGCUAAAAGCUAUUAAUACACAACUUGCGGCAAUUAAUCAAGAAAUUUCCAAUCCUGAUAUAAUUGGUAGAUUAUUUUUGUUAGUAAAUUCAAUACAUAGUUGUGCUGGCCAACAUUUCAAAGGAAGUAAAACAUAUGCUUUUGGAUCACGUAUGUCAGGUCUUGCACUUAAAGAUAGUGAUGUGGAUUUAUACUUUGAUAUCGCUGAUACUUUUGGUGGAGAAUUAAGUAAUGAUCUGUAUGCUCAAGAGGAUUUAGUACGUUAUUUUGGAAAAGUAUUUCGGUCUCAAAAUAAUGAAUUUAAAGAUAUACAACCAAUAACUGGAGCACGUGUUCCUAUAGUCAAAUUUUUCCAUGUUCCUUCUGGCCUAUUUUGUGAUUUAUCUUUUAAAAGUGGCCUCAGUACACAUAACACUAAACUCGUCAGGUUGUACUUAGCGUUGGAUGAACGUGUUCACUGGAUUGUCUGUGCAGUUGUUAAACGUUGGGCAUUACAAAAUGAUAUGAAAAAUCAAAGUAUGUUUACUAGUUAUGCUUUAGCCUGGUUGGUUCUUUUUUACUUGAUGACUAUUGAAGUAGUACCUCCAUUAAAGUUACUCAGAGAACAUGCAGAUUAUUCAAAAGAUACAUCUAAAUCAGAUGUUAUGUUUAUAGAAGAUUGGGAUUGUACCUUCUGCUCUCUAGAAAAAGCAAAACAAAUAUGGAAAGUACCAGAAAUUCCUUGUUGGGACUUAUUAUUAGGAUUUUUUAAAUUUUAUUCAGACUCUAACAGACUUAAACAAUUUGUUCUUUGCCCAGCUAUUGGACAGGCUAUACCUAAAGACAAAUUUUUUGAUAUUCCAAUGGUAUUACCAGAUAUUUUAGGUUUUAACAAAAAAAAAAAUGGUAGACCUACUGACUGGUGUAUAAGAUUAAGAGAUAACUUUCAUGGUGAAGGUCUUGCAGUACAAGAUCCUUUUGAUCUUUUCCACAAUAUAACAAAAGUUAUAAUACCUAGAAAGUUACAAAACUUCUCUUAUUUAUGUAAUAAAACAAUGGAAGUUAUGAAUAAUGGAGUUCAACCUUAUUAUGCAUAAAUAUGUAAGACAAUUUUUUUUAUUUGAAUCGAAACAAAUGUUUUAAAAUGAGAUUUAAUUGAAUAAUUAAAACAAAUACAUUUAAUUAAUUAAAUAAAUAUACAUAUUUAAUAAAAAUGACAACAAUAAAAUUAAAAAAGUAACAUUAAAAUGUUAAAGAAAUUGUCAAUUACUAAUUUAUAAUUUUUUUCUAUGUACUUUGUGUUUUAGUACAUUUAUUAUUUUAUUUCAGUAAUUUUAACUUCAGUUAUGAAAUUAAGUGAUUUAUUAUUUAAUUAUACCUCUUAUAUUUUUUACAGACAAUUUUAAUAAAUUAUUCAUAACUUCAGUCUUAAAUAUUAUUAAGUUGUAAUUUUUAGUGUAAAAAAUUAUAAAUAUUUAAAAAAAGAAAUUAGUAAUUCACUUUUAUUAUAUAAUUAUCCUUAUAUAUGCCAUUAUAUUUUGUUUUUAUACAAGUGAAUUUUUAAUAUUUUUAUUUUUCUGUUUUGAAUUUUUAUAUUCAUUAAUCAUUAUAAAUCCAUUAUCUUAAGAUAUCUAAUUAUAAUGACAUUCAAUUUGGUCGUAAUGAUAGUUAUAUUAUUAAAAAUAUAUUAUAUUUUAUUAUUGUUGGUCAAUUUAAAUGUACUAUAAAGUUGCGUUUGACUUUUUGGGGAUAAUUUUCUGAUUAAAAAUAAAUAAUACAAUUUGAACCCAAUUUAGGGGAAUGUAACAUAUUUGUUAUACUAAUCUAAAAAUAUCAAUGAUUUUUUAAAAAUAAUUGUUGAUGGGGGGGCGAAAGCCAAGCUAAAUUUAAUAAGAACAGCGCAAUUUUUAGUUGAUAAAGAGUCUUAACAUUGUAGACUUCUUUAAAAGACCUAUUUUAUUACAUAUAUAUUCUUAUUGUAUUUUAGAAUAAUUGUAUAAUAUUAUGUGUAUUAAUAAAUUUAUUUAAAUAUUAAAUAUAAUAUAAUAAUUUUAUUUGGUCAGAA